AUGUACUCCGUUCUCGAGGAUGAUCAUCCAUGUACACUCUCUUCAGACCACAGCUCAGUGUCCCGUCAAUCCUUGUGCUCUCUAAAUGACGUUGUCGAUGCGAAUUAUCCUUGCCAGACCGUCCUUUGUCAAUGCGCCAUUUUCUUCCAGAAUGUGGAUUACCUCCGCGAACAGCUCCUAGAUGAUGACAUCUGCAUGUGGAGAAGAGAUGAUGUCGAUAAUGAGUCUGGAAGCUGGCAGGCGAACUCAUUUGGGUACAAGGUCGAGAAAUGA